GGUAGCGAAACAUCCGCAUCCCUUCCCUCACACACUCGCCCGCAUCCCUCCCUCUCUCACGCUCGCCCGCAUCGCCGGCGCCGACGUCCUCUCCCUCGCACCUCUCUCGCCCGCGCCGCCUCUCCCCGAGCUCCUCGCUCGCCCGCGUCGUCGGCACCCUCUCCCUCGCAUGCGUCGCCGGCGCUCUCCAACACCAGCUCCAUUGUUAAAAAUGCGAUUUUCCCCCUUCGGCCCUCCGAUCUGCAGUGGCGGUCCUCGAUCUGCUGCGGCGACUAUCAAGACGGCACGACGGAGCUGCUACUGCCUGUCGCCUGCCCAGAGCUUCUGCUGCCGGUUGCCUGCCCGGAGCUGCUGCUGUAGGUCGUCUGCCUGGAUCUGCUGCUUCAGGCGAUGCCCACAUCGCCGUCUCCAUCCCGCUCCUCUUCCUCCUCCUCGUUGGUUACUUUACCACCUCAGCAUCAACGGCGGGGGGCUGGGAGGGGGAGGGGUGGAUGGGCCCUUCUUCAAGGCCUACAACCAUCACAGAGCAGAGCAGGAAGCUCGUCUCCGAGAUUAACAGAUGUGGUGCAGAUGUGGUGGAGUAUAUCUUCUGGAAUGGGCAUGAACCGGCCAAAGUUCAGGUUCUUCGUUGCCUUCUUCGGGUGGAGUGAAAUUGAGGUCUGGGACUACCAUGCUUGCAAUUGGGCCAACGAUUUGCUGCUAUUGCUAUUGAGGAUCUGCUGCCGUUGCUUCUGUUGAGGGCCAGUGAUUUGCUACUGUCGAUGUUGAGGAUCUGCUGCUGUUGCUUCUAUUGAGGGCCAAUGAUCUGUUGUUGUUUCUUCUGUUGAGGAUCUGCUAUCGAAGGGAAGGAGCUACAGUUGAGGAUCUGCUACUGUUGCCAGGGGACAAGCCGGCAAGGAGCACCGAGCCUGGAGGUGGUCACGCAUGAGAGGAGCUCCUGAUCUUCUCCCCUGGCCCCCGGCGAGCUGGACCUUCUGGCGACACGGGGAAGAAGGGAGGUGGUUCUGGGCGAGCUUAAGCUUGCCGGCGAAGUGUUGCUGGGGCCGGCGGCCGGCGAGGUGCCCUCCUGGGGCCGGCAGUGAGGUUCCUGGA